AGUUCUUUCCUUAAAUGAACAGCAGCAUGAAUCUUAAUCACUCAACUCUUUCUCAUCUCACAAGCACUCCAAACUACACAACCCCUGAAACCCACGAAGCAAAAAUGAGGGACAUUUGGUCUUGGAUAUGUGAGCUUCCUAACUCAGAAGAGUGGGCCGAGUCUGACUCACCAUUAAUCUUUACUCUCGCGAGUACUAAAGUACGGAACCAAGGCGAUUCGACUCGUUCAAUCCAACUCAGAGCUGAGCAUACCUCCGGGUCCAAUUCAGAGGCCUUGGUGACCUUCAGCAUAUGCUUUGAAGGUUUUCAAGCUUCCAAUUCUCAAAAGCCUCUCUGGGUUUCUGACACGUGCCCUCUAUCUUCAGAGCAACCGUUCCUCCCUCUAGUACUCCAGCUCCUUCAAGAAAUCAUCAACCGUUCACCAGCAGUGCCUGACAGCACCUGCCCAAGGUCCCAGCUCCAGAGACUCAAAACGGAACCCAUCUCUUGGAUCAUGGAGUCUCACUCACCAGACUCAUUUUCAAGGUUCUUUAACCUGGUCUUUCUCACGCGCUUGUUUUGGUUGUGUGCUUGUGAUGCUCCUAGUGAAGUUGGAUCCUUCUAUUUUCAUUCUUUACUAGGUCCAAAUAUCGAAGCCUUAACGUGUAAAGAAGCGCCUGUGCUGCGAACCUUUCUGGUUUCCGUUGGUGUAGACACCGAGCUAUGUUUCAUGCGAACCUUGGGGUAUAUUUUGGCAAAAUGGAUCAUUUUAAGGGAGGUUAGCGUUGGAUUACAAACAUUAACUCCUUUGCCAGGGCAGCACUUGGGAAUUUCAUAUGCAACUGAGGCUCAUGGCUUUUGGACCUUGAAGGGAUAUGCGCCUGUUAACGCAAUGAAGCUGACGCAUCCAAGUAAUCCAAAAAGUAUAUUUCCCGCCAUUGGAGCCAAGGAGUCUUUGUUAAGGUACGCCCUGGCACACCAGCAGCUUGAGGCAGUCAUUCAAUUGGAAUACUCCGUUGGAUUCUAUGAUGGCUAUAUUCAGGUAAAUGCCCGUGUUGAUAACUUACGCUUCCACGUGGCUAAAUUAGGAUUCCGUAAAAAAGAGGACGACAUGGAUUAUUUUGAGGAGAGACAUUUUCCAUCGAGGAUCCGGGUUUGGGUUGGGCCGGAAGUUGGGUCAACAUACGUGUACGGGUUAAGCUUGGGUCGCUCCACAAACAAUGGAGAAAGUGAAAUAGAAACGCAAAGACUCGUUAAAGGGAGCUUCGGAAAACUCAAAAAUCCACAGGUUAAAGCCAGAGCAAGAGUGUCCUUGAGGAACAAGAUGAAGAAUUGGAGGUGGGAUCAAGACGCCGAAGGGAACGCUGCGGUGUUCGAUGCAGUUUUAUGUGACAACGUGACAGGUCACGAAAUUGCCACAUGGAACUCGUUCAAUUAUGGUAACGGUGGCAAGGGCGACAAUAGUUUACAGAAUAGGUAUUAUGGAGUCAAUAGGCCAUUUACGAAAACUGGUGGGUUGGUUUUUGCUGGGGAUGAUUAUGGAGAGCAAGUAGCGUGGAGAUUAAGCAGAGAAAUGGAAGGAAGUGUUCUGAAGUGGAGAAUUGGAGGGGAAGUUUGGCUAAGUUAUUUGCCUAAUAAUGUGGGUACUUCUUAUAUCGAGACAAGGUGCGUGGAAUGGUGUGACGAAGUUGAUUUGCCAUUGAUUACUGCAACAUAGAAUGGGAGAUUUUCAGCUUGUAGACAUAUUGCGUAUAAUGUAAUGGCACUUAUUAUUGUAGAAGCUUCCCUAGGCCCAAAUUAGCUUCCACAAUCGUUCUAGGUCAGUCCUUUCGUAGGAGAAAUGUACUGAACAAGAGUAGUAGUAAUAAAAUUUG